AUGUCAGAACCGAAAACGAUCAAAGUGACUCUGUCACAGAUAGCCAAAAUGAUUGAUCACUCCCUUUUACAUCCGACCAUGACGGACCAGGAAAUCCAGGCCGGACUGGAAAUUGCGAAGAAGUACCAGACAGCCACGGCUUGCGUCAAGCCGUAUGCAAUCGCGCAAGCAAAGAAAGCCCUCGACGGAUCAGGCGUUGCGGUCUGUCCGGUCAUUGGCUUCCCCGCCGGCAACAGCACUAUCGAAGUAAAGGUCUUUGAAGCACAGAAGGCCGCUGAGGCAGGGGGCGCAGAGAUCGAUAUGGUGGUCAAUAUUGGCAAAGUGCUCUCAGGCGACUGGGACUACGUCACUAGGGAAAUCGGAGCAAUCAACACUGCAGUGCGGAACCAAGGGGCGAUUCUGAAGGUCAUCUUCGAGAACGAUUUUCUGCAGGAUGAGCACAUCAUCAAGCUAUGUGCGAUCUGUUCAGAGCUUGAUGUUGCCUUCGUCAAAACAUCGACCGGCUAUGGAUUUGUCAAGCAGCCCAAUGGCAUGUACACGUACAAGGGCGCCACGGUACCUCACCUGAAGCUCAUGAGAAAGCACUCCAAAUCGGGAAUCCAGAUCAAAGCAGCAGGGGGAGUUCGCACGUUGGAUGAUUUGCUCUAUGUCAUGUCCAUUGGCGUCACGAGGAUAGGAGCCACCGCGACGGUUGCGAUUCUGGAGGAGGCGAAAAAGAGAGGUAUAGGCGACGAGCCGGUUGAGGUGGAAGUGAAGCCCAUGGCUGGAGCCACCACCAAUGGAGCAGCUUACUAG